UCAGAGUACAACUGUACAAGUUCGACGAGACCUAGCAAACGCAGGGCAACCAUAGCUAACAAUAGCGAACGGCGAUUUCUGCCCUAACUCUCUCUCUAAGAUUGAAUUGAUGGGGAGCUUCGUGAACAGCAGCAGAAAUGGCGGCGGCGGCGGCGCCGUCGUGGACAAGGGGGUGGAUUUCGCGCAGUACUUCUGCACCUACGGCUUCCUCUACCACCAGAAGGAGAUGCUCUGCGAUCGCGUUCGCAUGGACGCCUACUUCAACGCCAUCUUCGUAAACAAACAGCAUUUCACAGGAAAGGUUGUGUUGGAUGUGGGGACUGGGAGUGGCAUUCUUGCAAUAUGGUCGGCGCAAGCUGGUGCGAGGAAGGUUUAUGCCGUGGAAGCAACUAAGAUGGCAGAACAUGCUCGUGCGCUUGUAAAAGCAAAUAACCUCCAAGAUGUGGUUGAAGUGAUUGAGGGCUCCAUCGAGGAUAUUACCCUCCCCGAGAAAGUUGAUGUGAUCAUCUCUGAGUGGAUGGGAUAUUUUCUUCUCCGUGAGUCUAUGUUUGAUUCGGUGAUUUGUGCACGUGACCGCUGGUUGAAACCAACUGGAGUAAUGUAUCCUAGCCAUGCUCGUAUCUGGGUGGCACCUAUCCGGUCAGGAGUGGGGGAGCAUAAAAUGGGUGAUUAUCAAUCAACUAUGGAUGACUGGUGUGACUUUGUAGACGAGACAAAAACUUAUUAUGGUGUUGAUAUGAGUGUUUUGUCAAAACCUUUCGCUGAAGAGCAGAAGAAAUACUAUCUACAGACAUCAUUGUGGAACAAUCUUCAUCCAAAUCAAGUUAUUGGGUCCACUGCCAUUCUAAAGGAGAUUGAUUGUUUAACUGCCACUGUCAAUGACAUUCUUGAAGUUAGAGCAGAUAUUUGUUCAUCUAUAACUCUCGAGAACACAAGAUUCUGUGGGUAUGGUGGAUGGUUUGAUGUUCAUUUUAGAGGAAGAAAAGAGGACCCGGCUCAGCAAGAAAUAGAGUUGACUACUGCUCCUAGUGUAGACAAUGGCACACAUUGGGGUCAACAGGUUUUCCUCUUGCACCCUCCCAUUCGUGUCAGUGAAGGGGACAACUUAAGUGUUUCUUUUUCGAUGAAUCGCUCGAAUGAGAAUCAUCGACUUAUGGAGGUUGAUUUCAGCUGUGAAAUACAACCAGUUUCUGGCAAGCUGAUUCCCCGUUUCAGUAACAAGUUCUACAUCGAGUGAAAAAGAAGCUAGCACAGUUUGCUUUUGACCUUGGCAAAGUCUUUGUGCAAGGUAAAGUUUACCAGUACUUUUGUUUGCUGACUGGAUUCUCUUAAAUGAUGAGAUACACGAGUCAAAUCGACAAUUUUGGGCCAAAGUUUGCAACUGAAAUGCUUCGCGAUUGUAUUUUGUACUUCAAAACUGCCUUUCCUUUGCAGCAUGUUGUUGUAACUCUCUCCCUCUCUCUCUCUCUCUCCCCUCGUUGCACGAAGGUCCAAGGCCCUAAAAACAAGACAGACAACCAGGACCUAACAAAGUCCCGGUUCCAACACUACAGCAACUCUCUGAAUUUUGAUUAAUCUCUGGAAAAAGGAAUCAUGACAGAUAUUAUUUAACUUUUUUCCUCCUCUUUGUUUUAGUCGUUUUUUUAAUUUUUUGGGUAAUUAGCAAGAAAAAAGAUCAACAAGCUCAAUUGCUUCUCCUUUAGUGAAAA